CUCUCAGUGUGCCUAAUGUUCUUUUUACAAACUUGAAAUCCGCCCUUCCUUGUUGAUCUGUUCGUCCGCAUCUUUUCCUAAACAAUCAAAUGUCUGCCAACAACUCUCCUGAUCCUGCGGCUGCUGCCGCCGCUGCCUCGGCGGCAGCAGCGGCUCGCUCGUUUGACAUCGAACUGUGGACUCUUUACGCCCUUGGUGUGCUCGUGACUGCGCUCAGGACAUACGCUCGAAUCAAGGCCGUUAGCUUGAGAGAGAUGCACGCGGACGACAUCCUUGUCUGGGUGGCUAUUCUGUUCUACACUGCCCAAAUAGCCUUGGGAUAUAGUGUGGGAAACCUCGCUCACGGACUCGCCAAUAACGGUAUGACUGACGCUGAACGAAUGGCGUUGUCCCCCGACGAUCCAGAAUUUCAGAUGAGGGUAAUUGGAUCAAAGAUUCAGCUGGCCGGCUGGUCUAUCUAUUCGUCUUUGAUGUGUUUUCUUAAGCUGUCCGUGUUGGUCUUCUAUACCCGACUCACACAAGGACUAGGGCGGCGAUAUCGACUUCAGAUUUGGGCGGGCUUUGGUCUUGUUAUUGGGACGUUCAUUGCGUCGUUGGCGGUUGUUCUCUUUUCCUGCUUGCCAAUCGAGAAAAACUGGCAGAUUUACCCAGAUCCCGGCAAUCACUGCCAACCUGCCAUAUCUAAAACUAUUGUCUGGACUACAUUUGCUACAAGCGCGUCGACUGACAUAUACCUGAUACUCGUACCGCUUCCCAUGCUUUGGGGCUCUACCUUAAAACUCAUCAAGAAGAUCGCGUCAAGCAUUGUACUCGGCGCCGGCAUAUUCGUCCUCGUGAGCGCUACAGUAAAGACCAUUUUUGUUAUAGUGGAUCCUAUCAACGGAGCUCAACUUGCUGGACAAUGGGGUACACGUGAGGCCUUCGUCGCCGUCUUCACGACCAAUCUACCCCUGAUAUUUCCUCUCAUCAAAACAUGGCUCGCCCCCAUAUUCGGCAGUGCGAUCCGAUCCACUCAGAAGUCGUACAUGUUGCAUGAGGGCAGUAACACUAUCGGCGCGACUGGCAGCAGGGGUGGCAAGCGUAACCCGAAACAGACUGCGGGGUUUACCUCCAAGUUGUCGGCUACUGAUAGUCGGGAAAUGAUUGUGCAGGAGAUUCCAUUACAGAACGUCAGAGUAUCGGGGGAGCCUUCCACGCACUCGUCCUACUCGCCGAAUGUAGUGUACAUCUCGACCGAAGUGGACAUUGUACACGAAUCCGCCAGCGGGCACAGCGAUGACGAUAAGAGACACGGCAUUCAUGAAAACUGGUAGCCAUGAGUGUUGACCCUAGUCGGGAAUUAUUUCCAGCGUUAAUGCUAAAAGCGAAAAGCAACUAAAAAGCAACCUAAAAGUAACUGGCUCUAGAAUUGGGAUAAUGUGGUACGCGAUGUAUGCUACGGAAUGAAGCAUCGGUUUACAAAUACGGGAGAAAUCGGACGAAUGCUUUGGGGUUCGAAUCAGCUGCCUUUGAAUCACCUAUUACUUGGGAAACACAUAUUGACGGCCUCGCUGGGUCCCGGGGUCGGUCUUUAGAUUUAGUUUUAUUGUCUUAUUAACCGAAGCUUGUAAGAUAUUAUGAAAAGAUUCUAGCACCUUAAAAAGACCAUUAAUAC